CUCUACUUGAGUUAAUAAUGAUUGGUACAAUUUUUUUUCUCUAAUUGGGUAAUGUUCAAAUCAUUAUCAAUAUUUUAUAGGCUGAUGUAUGAGGUGGGCUUUCCAAACUGUGUGUCUAUACCCGAUUCCUAUUGAGAGAGAGGUACUUGGUAUCUUAAUCUUCUUCAGAAUUACUACACCAAGCACCUUACCUCAAUUCCCUGGGUUUCCCUUGACACUAGUCUCUUCUUGACUCUACCUCUCGACUCUGUUCUUCCUUCUUUCUAUUUUUCUCUUUAUAGUGUCCGCUCUAAUCCGCUGUUCACAGGCGACCCUCCCAGAUUCUACAGCACAGCUGUUUAUAUAACCUUGGAGUAGUCCACGUCAAGGGUAGUCAGGUUAUUCCAUUUCCCAAUCCAAAUCUAAUUUAUCACAACGUUUAUUGUUAUAAGAAAUAUACAUCACAUUACCCACGGCUCUUUUAUCAUGCGUCCCGCAUGUCAACUGAUUUCCAACAUUUUUUUUAAGUUAUUUAAAAUAUAUAUCAUUCAAAUAUAAAAAAAACAAAACUAACGCGACUUCCUGUUAUUGGCUCGCUAUAAACCAGUUACUGUUUUUCGGGGGAUUUCUUUUCAUUUUACUUAAUCAAACCAAAUUUUUCAACAUUUUCACCAAUCUCGUGAUACUUUCUAAUCACUCUGAUAAUCUUCUGGUGGCCUCUUUUCUUCUUAUCAUCGACCUUCAAGUUGGUCUGUGUUGCAACGUCUACUUUUUCUCUACCAACAGCCUUACAACAAGAGCAAUGGCUCUCUUUCAGUGGUUCUUGUUACGUCGUUUCACAGAUCUCUGUUUCUACCUAAUGUUCUUUACCCUGUUCCUCUGACAAUAUAAGCUCUUCUUCUACAGCUUUGCAUUUGAUACCUGGCAGUCUUGGGGUGUUUAUUUUUCGGUUUAUUCUUCCGUCCUCCACUUCGUCAAAUAUCAACAAUCCUAAAUCUUUAUCACAAUCUUCUCCAACACCCUUUGGUAUAGAUUUAACCUGGCUCCGGGAUCAUGAAACUGUCUUAAAUUUAAAUUAGAAUUUUGUCUGAAAUCUAAGAUUUAGACUUAGUUAAGAUUGCUUACUUAAGUGGAUCACAAAAUGAGCUAAGAAAAAAACUUAGCUAAGAUUUGUCGUAGCUUAGACGUCAUAGUAACGCACGCGAUUUUUCGACCGAAUUGUUAAAAGUUGAACUCUUUUUCGUUUGAAGAUUCCUAUCGUCUGCAUCGUAAACAUUAUCAUGGAUAGCAUAAGCAUUAGCGAUAACGAGAAAGCAAAACGACAGCGGAAGAUGAACUGGGACCACAAGGAGGAGGUAGUUUUAGUGGAGGAGGUGUCCAAGCGAGAACAGUUGUUGUUCGGGAAGCUGGACGGGCCAGGGAGAACCACGGUCGAUAAGGGAAACGCCUGGAAGGAGGUCAUGGAUUUAUUGAGUGCCGGAAAUGUAAAUUCUCAAAGAACUGUUCCAGAAAUUAAAAAAAAGUAUCAGAACAUCAAGCAGAAAGCAAAAGAAAAGAGAAGCGCCAUCUUGCAUCCAAGGACUGGGGGUGGGAAGAAGCCCUCCUCUCCCAACCUAAGUGAACAACUUUUGUUGGAUAGCUUGGAAGGCAGACCAAGUUUAUGUGGCCUUCCAUGUAGAAUAGACAGUGCAAGUGAGCCAGCUAGUUUACUUUGUCUGACACCACAACUGACACCCGGCAUAGAGUGUCCUACACAGCAUCCUACCAGCUCAGUGAAUCAGCAACCUGGGCCAUCGUCAGCAUCCACUCUGCCCUCUCUACCAACUAGACCGACGCCUUCAUCACAGAAAAUUACAGCAGAAACGCUGCUGCAUGAAGAACUUCAGAACAUCAGAAAGAGAAGAAAAUUGAUCAAAGAUCAGCAGCAACUAGUUCUUCUCCAGAAACAUUACCUUAUGUUGAAGAUCAAAGAGAGAGACCCAUUUUUUGAUUUAGAUUUCUUAAAUGAAAUCUUAUUUUUAAGGGUAAUUUAAUCAUAUUGUAAUUAACAACUUAUAUUCAUGUCCCCACAGUUUAGCAUUUUGUUUAUCAAACUUUCAGCUGUUCAAUUUGACUUAAUUCUCCUUUGAGCUAUGGACUUUUUGUUUUGAAUUUAAUUACAUGUAUAUUUAAUUUACCUAUAUACCAGUGAUACUUAAUCUUAAAGAUUCAUGCAGUUCCUUAGUUAAUGUUGAUUGACUUACUGAUAUUUUCCUAUUUUUUAGUUAAAAAUAUAUGUGCAGGGCCAGAUGCUGUUGGGGGCAUUUACUCUCUCUCUCUCUCUCUCUCUCUCUCUCUCUCUCUCUCAGAGAGAGACACUGUUAAAAAAAACUUUCUUCUCUCACUGAUGUUCGAUUUUAUCUUGAAAUUUACCAUAUUUGUUUGAUAGACAAAUUAGAAAGCAUUUUCUAUAUUCUAUUCUGUUGAAUGUGAAUUGCAUUUUAUUAGGCCCUCGCUCAGCGGAUGCCCUAUAUAAGUGAUCAGUUCGUUUGUUCCUCCAUCUAUCCUUCCAUCCAUCCAUCUGUCCAUCCUACAUUUCUUGUCCGGAGCAUACAUGUACCUUCUUUCCCCUUCGCCCCAUCAGGCUCAUACUUCUAAAAGCAGGGCCCUUUGAGAUGGCCACCAUCUCAAUGAUAUCUAGUUCUAAUAUAUCUUAUAUAUGUGUCAAUCGCAAAAAUACAUUAAGCCUUGUUACUAGGGUAAACCUUUUAUGUGUAAACUUUUGCAGAUUUUUAAUGCUGAAAAUGUAAAAAAGCUUACGGUAUAUGUAAUUUGGGUAAAUUAAUUCACUUUAGUUUGAAAAUAAGACAAGAUUUCCAUAAACAGUCAAAUUAGUUCUUAAUCUUAUAUGUACACUUUUGUAAUUGUUCAUACAAUAAGAAGUUUUUUCCUGUGAGAAGAAAUGAACUUAAUAACAAACAAAACUGAUUGAAUUUGAUUAAACUUCAUUGAUUAUUAAGGACAUGUUUAAUAAUUCCACAAUUCAACAGAUUAAUACAAUUAUUUAACUAAUUUGUUAUUAUAA